GGAGAGUCUCGUAAAUGAUCAAUAAUCUCGUGAUAUUAUACGUGACUAAGCGCAGAAAAACAACAAAACUCGGUGAAGUUGAAGCUGUUCCGAAAUUCAGCGUGAUAUAGCUAUUAAGAACUAUUUUAGAAUCACACAAAUGGGUGAUGUCAGUGACUUGGACAGGCAAAUUGAGUUGCUUAGACAAUGCAAAAUAAUCAAAGAAAGUGAGGUAAAAGCCCUGUGUGCCAAGGCUAGGGAGAUACUUGUAGAAGAAAGCAAUGUUCAAAGAAUCGACUCACCUGUUACAGUUUGCGGAGACAUACACGGCCAGUUUUAUGAUCUAAAAGAAUUGUUCAAAGUAGGGGGAGAUGUUCCAGACACAAACUACCUAUUCAUGGGAGAUUUUGUUGAUAGAGGAUUUUAUAGUGUAGAAACCUUCUUACUCCUUUUAGCAUUAAAGGUCAGAUAUCCAGAUAGAAUAACCUUGAUUAGAGGUAACCAUGAGAGCAGACAGAUUACACAGGUUUAUGGGUUCUAUGAUGAGUGCUUGCGGAAGUAUGGAUCUGUCACAGUAUGGAGGUACUGCACAGAGAUUUUCGACUACCUGAGCUUGUCUGCAAUAAUUGAUGGAAAAAUAUUCUGUGUUCAUGGAGGUCUGUCUCCGUCUAUUCAAACUCUGGACCAGAUCAGGGCUAUAGACAGGAAACAGGAAGUGCCUCAUGACGGACCCAUGUGUGAUCUGCUCUGGUCAGACCCUGAAGACAUGCAGGGUUGGGGUGUGAGUCCAAGAGGUGCUGGGUACCUGUUUGGCAGUGACGUGGUUUCUCAAUUCAACACAGCCAACAAUGUGGACCUGAUAUGUCGCGCACAUCAGCUGGUCAUGGAGGGGUACAAGUGGCACUUCAAUGAGACUGUACUCACUGUCUGGUCGGCACCCAACUAUUGUUAUAGAUGCGGGAAUGUGGCAGCCAUCUUGGAACUGGAUGAACAUCUACAGCGAGACUUCACUAUAUUUGAAGCUGCACCGCAGGAAUUGCGAGGUGUUCCAACAAAGAAGCCCCAACCAGAUUACUUCUUAUAAUGAAGGACUAAGACUUUGAUAAUUUGAUUCCAUCAUCAAAAAUAGUUUCAGUGUCAUCCAUCUUCAUGAGAUUUGUCAUUGUGAUCAAGAUUAUAUAUAGCCAUCUUUGUCAUCAGCUCUUUGGUGUCCAGUGUGGACUAGCAACUUAAAGUUAUUACAAUUUUUGUGGAAUUCAUUUACACAUAUGCAAAUUAAAGUGCAUGUUUUUCUGAAGAAACAUGUGACUUAUUUGAGAAAGGUAAUUCAAUUUAAGAGCAUUUAUUUCCUGAACAUAUUAUGUUAUUUAUGUACAUAAAAACAUGCAUGUUGUUUGUGUAAGCCGGAUAUAUUUACUUUUUGAAGGUCAUCAAAUUAACUUUCACAUUAUCAAUGCAGAUUUAUUCUGACAAAAAGAAUGUUUAAUCAAAUACAGCAUGUGGGACAUGUUAUGAGACAUGUUCACUUUUAUGGCAUUUCAAGUUUAGUAUUACAUUGUUAUUGCCAGUUUUAUUAUGAAAUAAUAUCCAUUGCAAGAGACUUUAAAUUUCAAUAAUUUGAACCACAAGAGGACAUUUUAUUUGUAAAUAGCUAAAGAAGUGGUAAACAAUAUUCAUAAAGUUUAUUUCAACGGAUUUACAACAGCUAACAAAUAAAUUUUCAAGACAACAAAUUGCUCUUGUGCAAUGAUUGAGAUGUGUAUAUAAUUUCUCAAUGAAUACUUAAGUUGUUUGCAUGGACUUUUCUUGAUUUUAAAGGUUCAGUUCUAUGAAUUCCACAAUGAAUCUUGAGACAUACAAUGUUUUAAGUGUGUUCUUUGUAAAUGACACAUUUGUGUAUACUUUCCUAUGCACGUUAUAUGUGUAAAUAUCUUAUGUUCUUGUCUCCGAGUAACAAUUAUAUAUUGCUUUUAUGAAAUGUGCAUUUGAAGGAUUUAAUUAUUUUUACUGGUACAUGUAUCAUUAUUUCAGGAAUGUAUUAGGUAGAAACAUGCAGUAUUGUAUUUAAGAGCAUGAUUUUUUUGCCAAUUUACAGCACCAUUAUGCUGACAUCAUUCUGUCCAUGAUCAAAACUUAUGAAUAAAACAUUCAUCCCUAAAGCGUCAAAA